GGUGUGGUGCAACGCAGGUGCCCCGCGGGGCUGCAGGGCCUGGGCUCGGCGGGGCGGGGCCGGGGCAGAUCCGGUGUUAGCCUGGCCGGGGGGCGGGGCGGGGCGGGCCUUGGCUCCCCAGGAGCUGCCAGGCAACUUUUCUCCGUCCUCACCCCGGCGGGGGAGAAAAGCUCUCGGGACGGCUUCUGAAGAGUCCGGGUUCUGGAGUCCCUCUGCAAACCGAGAGCAGCAGCUACCGUCCCCGGGCAGGCUCAGGAUGCGGCCAGGAUGGACAGGGGGCGCGCCGUUGCUGGUGUUAGUGCUCAGUCAAGGGAUUUUAAAUUGUAUGGCAUACAAUGUUGGUCUCCUAGAAGCAAAGAUAUUUUCCGGUCCUUCAAGUGAGCAGUUUGGCUAUGCUGUGCAGCAGUUUAUAAAUCCAAAAGGCAACUGGUUACUGGUUGGUUCACCUUGGAGUGGUUUUCCUGAGAACCGAAUGGGAGACGUGUAUAAAUGUCCUGUUGAUCUGUCCACUGCUACAUGUGAAAAACUGAAUCUGCAAACUGCCACAAGCAUUCCCAAUGUUACCGAAAUGAAAACCAACAUGAGCCUUGGCUUGACACUCACAAGGAACGUAGGAACCGGAGGAUUUCUCACGUGUGGUCCCCUGUGGGCACAGCAAUGCGGAAGCCAGUAUUAUGCAACUGGUGUUUGUUCUGAUAUCAGUCCCAAUUUUCAGCUCUUGGCCAGCUUUGCACCUGCAGUUCAGACCUGCCCUUCCCUCAUAGAUGUUGUGGUUGUAUGUGAUGAGUCAAACAGUAUUUAUCCCUGGGAUGCAGUAAAGAAUUUUUUGGAAAAAUUUGUCCAAGGCCUGGAUAUAGGCCCCACAAAGACACAGGUGGGGUUAAUUCAGUAUGCCAACAUACCAAGAGUUGUAUUUAACCUGAACACUUUCAAAACCAAAGCUGCAAUGAUUGAAGCAACAUCCCGGACAUACCAAUUUGGUGGAGAUCUCACAAAUACAUUCAAAGCAAUUCAAUAUGCAAAAGAUUUUGCAUAUGCAGCAGCUGCUGGAGGACGACCAGGUGCUACCAAAGUAAUGGUGGUUGUAACUGAUGGUGAAUCACAUGACGGUUCAAUGCUGAAGGCCGUGAUUGAUGAAUGCAACAAUGACAAUAUACUGAGGUUUGGCAUAGCGGUUCUUGGGUACUUAAACAGAAAUGCCCUUGACACCAAAAAUUUAAUAAAAGAAAUUAAAGCAAUUGCCAGUAUUCCAACAGAAAGAUAUUUUUUCAACGUGUCUGAUGAAGCAGCUCUACUAGAAAAGGCUGGGACACUAGGAGAACAAAUUUUUAGCAUUGAAGGUACUAUUCAAGGAGGGGACAACUUCCAGAUGGAAAUGUCACAAGUGGGAUUCAGCGCAGAUUACUCUCCUCAAAAGGAUAUUCUGAUGCUGGGUGCAGUAGGAGCUUAUGGCUGGAGUGGUACCGUGGUCCAGCAGACAUCUCAUGGACAUAUGAUCUUUCCUAAACAAGCCUUUGACCAAAUUCUGCAAGAUAAAAAUCACAGUUCAUAUUUAGGUUACUCUGUGGCUGCGAUUUCUACCGGAAAAGAUGUUCACUUUGUUGCUGGUGCUCCUCGGGCAAAUUACACUGGCCAGAUAGUGCUAUACAGUGUUGACGAGAAUGGCAAUGUCACCGUUAUUCAGGCUCACCGAGGUGACCAGAUUGGCUCCUAUUUUGGUAGCGUGCUGUGUUCAGUUGAUGUGAAUAAAGACACCAUUACAGAUGUGCUCUUGGUGGGUGCACCGAUGUACAUGAAUGACUUAAAGAAAGAGGAAGGAAGAGUCUACCUGUUUACUAUCACAAAGGGCGUUUUGAAUUGGCACCAAUUUCUUGAAGGCCCUAAGGGUGUUGAAAAUGCUCGGUUUGGUUCAGCGAUUGCAGCUCUUUCAGAUAUCAACAUGGAUGGUUUUAAUGAUGUAAUAGUUGGUUCACCUUUGGAAAAUCAGAACUCUGGAGCUGUGUACAUCUACAAUGGUCACGAGGGCACCAUUCGCAUGAAGUAUUCCCAGAAAAUCUUGGGAUCUGAUGGAGCCUUUAGGAGCCAUCUCCAGUACUUUGGGAGAUCUUUGGAUGGCUACAGUGAUUUAAAUGGGGAUUCCAUCACUGAUGUGUCCAUUGGUGCCUUUGGACAAGUGGUUCAGCUCUGGUCACAGAGUAUCGCUGAUGUAUCUGUGGAUGCUUCCUUCACGCCAGAAAAAAUUACUUUGGUCAACAAGAAUGCUGACAUAAAACUCAAACUCUGUUUCAGUGCAAAGUUUAGACCUACUAAGCAAAACAGUCAAGUGGCCAUUAUAUACAACAUCACAAUUGAUGCAGACCUAUAUUCAUCCAGAGUAACCUCCAGGGGGCUAUUUAAAGAAAAUAAUGAAAGAUGCCUGCAGAAGAAUAUGAUAGUAAGUCAAACACAGAGUUGCUCUGAGUACAUCAUCCACAUACAGAAGCCCUCUGAUGUUGUCAGCUCUUUGGAUCUGUGUGUCAACGUCAGUCUGGAAAAUCCUGGCACCAGCCCUGCCCUCGAAGCCUACUCUGAGAAGGCCAAGGUCUUCAGUAUCCCUUUCUACAAGGAAUGUGGGGAUGAUGGAGUUUGCAUCUCUGAUCUAGUUCUAGAUGUCCAACAGCUGUCAGCUGCUCAAGAUCAACCCUUUAUUGUCAGCAACCAAAACAAAAGGUUAACAUUUUUAGUAACACUGAAAAACAAAAGGGAAAGUGCCUACAACACUGGAAUUGUUGUUGAUUUUUCAGAAAACUUGUUUUUCGCUUCCUGGACCGUGCCGGUUGAUGGGACAGAAGUCGUAUGCCAGAUUGCUUCAUCUCAGAAGUCUGUUACCUGUGAUGUAGGCUACCCAGCUUUAAAGACAGAGCAACAGGUGACUUUCAUGAUUAACUUUGACUUCAAUCUUCAAAACCUUCAGAAUCAGGCAUCUGUCAGUUUCCAAGCCUUAAGCGAAAGCUCUGAAGAAAACAAGGCAGAUAAUUUGGUCAAUUUCAAAAUCCCUCUGCUGUAUGACGCCGAAAUUCACAUAACGAGAUCCACCAACAUAAAUUUUUAUGAAGUCUCCUCGGAUGGGAAUGUUCCUUCUGUCGUGCACAGUUUUGAAGAUAUUGGUCCAAAGUUCGUCUUCUCUGUUAAGGUAACAACAGGAAGUGUUCCAGUCAGCAUGGCAUCCGUGAUCAUCCACAUCCCUCAAUACACCAAAGAAAAGAACCCGUUGAUGUAUGUGACUGGGGUGCACACAGAUCAGGCUGGUGACAUCAGUUGCAAUGCUGAAAUAAAUCCACUGAAAAUAGGACCCACAGCUUCUUCUGUAUCUUUCAAGAAUGAAAAUUUCCGGCACAUAAAAGAAUUGAACUGUAGAAGUGCUACGUGUAGCAAUGUUACCUGCUGGCUGAAAGACCUUCAGGUCAAAGGAGAGUACUUCCUUAAUGUGUCUACCAGAAUUUGGAAUGGAACUUUUGCAGCAUCAACUUUCCAGACAGUACAGCUGACCGCAUCUGCAGAAAUAAACACCUACAAUCCUCAGAUAUAUGUGAUCGAAGAAAACACAGUCACGAUUCCCAUUACAAUAAUGAAACCCCAUGAGAAAGCUGAAGUACCAACUGGAGUUAUAGUAGGAAGUGUAAUUGCUGGAAUCGUUUUGCUAUUAGCUCUGGUUGCAGUUUUAUGGAAGCUUGGCUUCUUCAAAAGAAAAUAUGAAAAAAUGUCCAAAACUGCCGAUGAGAUUGACGAGACCACAGAACUCAACAGCUGAGCCCCACGGCGGUCUCACUGCAACGUGAGCUGUGGCAGCACAGCCAGGGUUUGCUGUUUGCGUGAAUGGAUUGGUUUUAAAUCCCAGUGCUUUAUGUGUAAGCGGUAAAACUCGCCUGAUACUUUACGAAAACUGCAGGUCAGUUUGGGAAGAAGAAAUUGGGUUUUUUUUUUGGGGGGGGGCUAGGAGUAGAAAGGGUAAAAGACGUAUUUUAUAUGGGCGGGGGGUGGGGGCAGGGAGUGACCUUUACACUGGCUGGUCCAGAGUUUACAUAAUGUGCAUUGUGUCAGAAACAUGAAAUGCUUCCAAACAUGAGAAGUCUUAAAGAAAAAUAGAACCUUUCUCAGAUUUGGUGGGGGGGAACCCCAACCAUUUAAAGUGAUUGUUUUUAAAGUGACCACAAGAGUGGAAGUACUUGGCCUAGCUAUAUAAUUAGCUUGGAUACUGAGGUUGAUGGGGGGAAAAAGACAACACAGGUCUUCAACUUAUGCUGGUCAUUCAGAGCUGUCACAGAGGUUAUUUGAAGUGACCUUUUUGUUAACGAAGUAAGGUAUAAUUUGCUGCUGUAGGCCUUCUCAGAGUCCCUUUUUUGCUGUGAUCUAUUUAUCAAAACAAUCUUGGAUACCUGGUAGGAGCCUAGAGUAUGCUUCCUACAGAGGAAACCUCCAUUUAAGGGGGUGGGGGCUGGGAGGGUAGUUUAGAAGUCAAAUGCUAAAUUGUUUAAAAUCUGUAUCACAACAUUGAUGGUAAAACCCUAUCUACUAGAGGCCCAGCCUGUGCCAAAAGAAGUAGGAAGUUCCCUUUCUCCUUCACCAUGCACAACUGGCUGACUUGACUGCCUGACAGGGACCUAGUUUGAAUUUAUGGAAGAGGAGUAAUUUCUUUGGCAUCCUUCCUCCUUCCGUACUAAACCACUCUUGCACCUACCUCCUGGUGUCCCCAUCUUCUAGAAGCCCACUAAGGCGUGCCUUCCUCUCUAGUAAUUCAGGGUUAGCCACCUCCCUUUGGCCUUCAUCCAAAUCUCCAAUUCACUGGAGCAGCUGCUCUACACCAGGUGUGAGGAAGAAAAAUCAUCUCACUUACCUACUUGCAUGAAUAAUCCCUUUAACUCCAGGGAGCUAUUUUCCUUUAUUGCUAGACAAGUAAGAAAAAUAAGCCACGGUGAAUUUCUAAUUGUUGGAAUUUCAGGCAGUGCAAACAAAGUACAAAACAAAACUUGGGAAUUUGCAAAUUACGAGGAGACCUUGGAAGCCCCCAAAUUAGCAGGUGCACCCUCUGUGCUUGUGUGUUGCUGGAGGACUUAAACUUUCAGAAGAAUGACUCCCACCUGGGCAAGUAUGCUCAUUAGGUAGCUCCUUAGGUCCCAACUCCUGGAACACUUAUUUGGUCAAAAGAGGAUGAAACCCAGUGGUCCAUAUUUUAACAAGCAUCCCAGUCACUAACGUAAAUGGACUGCCUUGGAACGCCACCGUUUCUCCUGCACCUUCUUUUGUUUGAGCCCACACACUCUCCAGGAGGGACUGGGAGAAAGGCAGAGGCAAAGGCAAGUGGGAACUAUUUAAUGUCAGAAACUGCAUACCUAAAGCUUUGGACAAAUCACUUGGCCUCUUUAAACUACACUGUCCUCAUUAUAAAAUGAGAAGACUGGGUUGGAGUUCAGCAGCAAUGCUUUUAGUUUUGAAAGUCGAAGAUCUGGAUUUCUUACAAUUACAGACAAUCCUCAAAAAACCUGACUUUGAAAACAAGUACGUGCCUGUGUGCAUCAGGCCCAACUGCUCUUCUGGCCUGGCUCCUGCGAGCUAUCUAGAGCUAUCUGUGUUGUCUGGUAACUUAUUUUGUAUUUGACAAAGCAAAACAAACCAGGUGGAAAAAUCAGCCAUAAAAUGGCAGGGGCUUAUAGCUUUGGCUAUCUCUAGAUGUGCUAAAGCCCAAUUCUUAUAACAGCUGUGUGGAUUCAAAUACUUUGAGUCCAAAAUUUUUUUAAAGAGUGGAGGAAAAACCUAAGUUGAUAAAGAAUAUUUAAGAAACCAUGUAACUACUGUGUACAUAUACAGACUAGUUCUUCGGGGUGCUAUACAAAGAAUUCUAGCAGGUCAUUCCUUUUAUUUCACUCUGCCUCGCCUUUCUUACAGAAGCACUAAACUGAGGUCACAUGCCCACGGCGAGCUUGAGUGCUUUGGCCAAGCCGGGGCUUAAGUAGUGUACCUCGCCAGGACUGUCUCCAUGAAGCAGCUGGCUUACUACAACCUAAAAACUUAGCCACUGGUCUCUGUGCCAUUUAUUCCACUGGAGCAGGGUUUCUUUGCCUUGGCCCUGCUGACAAGGGUCUGGGUGACUCCUUGCAGGGGGCUGUCCUGUGCACAGUAGGGUGUUGAGCAGCAUCCCUGGCAGCUACCAGGUGCCAGGAGCAUCCUCGCUCCCAAGUUGUGACAAUACACAAGUAUCUCCAGACACUGUAUCACACUUCCUGGGAGGCAAAAGUCACCCCAACAGAGAAGCACUGCGCCAGGAGCAAGUGGCCUAAAUGGGCAACAGAUUUGAGGCAGGGGCUCUAGUGAGGAGUAUUUCUCCAACACUUUUAAGCAAAGGCGAGUAUUUAGCCAAGAAAUCAAAGAACAAAACCCCACUGCUUGAAAACAAGUUAUGUAUUCCUAGUCAGCCUUACUUUUGCUUUAAAAGUAAGUAUAAUAUGGGGCUUAAAAAACACCAUCUUAAAGUUUCCAUUUCAUAAAUGGUAUAUAUAGACAAGAUCUGUAGAAUGUGAUUAAAAAGAGUUGCUUCAUGCAUGGCUGCCACACAAGCCAUAUAAAAUAGUAAAAUAGUUUGUAAAGAAGCUGCAUUGAGACUUGAAAUUGUGCAUCAUUCAUUUUAGUAGCAAAAGAACUGGAGAUUUUUUUUCUAGCUGGCAGUGUUCUCUUUAUAAAAUAGAAAUUAUUAACUGUGAAAAAGAACUAAACCCAAUUUAUCCUAAUCACAUAAGUGAUUAUACAAAAAACUAUCAUAAAAGGUAUAAUUUUAUAAUGUAUUUCCCUCUCCUGAUAUACAGCUGUAAGUUAUUAAAAAUCUCCCACGCUGAUGGUGCGGAGCCUGCUUAGGAUUCUCUCUCUCCACCCUUCCCCGACUCGCUCUAACAAAAGACUUAAAAAUAUAUAUAUAUAUCGAUUAAGACAUUAAACAGAAAAUAGGAUCCCUCAACCGUGGCCUAACUUUACUUUUUCAAUUUGCACACGAAAAAUACCUGCAUUCAUGACUUUUCAGGACUAUGCCCUUCAUGUGUAUUAACAAAUACCCAUUUUAAACAACUUGAAAGCCUAAACAUCUAGAGGUAGAAGAUAAACACGAGGGUAAAGUCUGAAAUAAAAAGUGUUAACUACUUCUUCGAACCUUAAAGGAUGAAACCGUUUUUUUAUAUUUACAUAUGGCUACAUUUUCAUCUGUACCUGGUUUAUUUUGACAGAUAAAAUGUAUAUAUUGCACGACUAUGUUAGAAUUGUACAUUUUCUAAAGAGAAAGGAUCUUGGAUAUUUUCCUUCAUGUAAACUAUAAAUCUUUAAGAUGUGAUUAAGUAUAUUUGUUUUUGAUUAACUGGUUUUUGCCUUUUUUCUCUCCAAAAAUAUAAAAAUGAAUGUAUCAUGUUCAUCAAGUUGCACAACUCAUUUGAUUCCUGAGAAAUCAUUGGAAAAGUAAUCAACAUUAACGAGAAAAGCUCUUAACUGAGACUCUAAAGUGUUUAAUUAUAAACCACUCUUCAUACCACAUUACUAAAUUAUAAUUAAAGUUGUUUUGAAAAUAAAGUUACUGACUUUGGACUUCUGA